AUGCUUUUGACCGCCCCGCUGACCGCGUUGCCCUGCCGCGCAGGCCGUGUGUUGAGCGAGCCGAAGAUGUUGGACUACAGCGACCACGAGUCGGAGGAGGAGGGCUGCUACGUCUUCUGGGAGACCAAAUCCAUCCUCGCCAGCACUGCGUCUGCCCCAGCUCAACCAGGGAGCUCGUCGCCUCGUCCACGCGCUUCUCAGCGCAGCGGCGCCCCGUCUCCCUCGCUCGGCGUCACAUCGAACGGCACGCCUGAGCCCAAACGCACGACCACCCUUGCAUCUCUCCCGAGUCCGUCCGGCUCGACUAGCGGAACGACGGAGCGGCCAGCACGGUUGCGGAAGCGGCGGAAGGCGCUCGACAGGCGGAAGGGCGGGACCGACAGCUCGAGUCAGCCGCUCGAUGCGAGGACGCUGCAGAUGGUCAGCCAGCUGGCGAUGAAGGUCAAUGCGCGAGCGGCGGGCUUGUCGAGUCCUGCCGUACCGCGGCAGGCGGUCAAGGCGAGCGAGGGACUCGACUCGCUGGCGAGUCCGAAGGGCAAGGGCAAAGCGCGGGAGGUGCUGCCUGUCAAGAGAGAACCGCUCCGACCUUCGCCCAAUACGAACGCUCUUACCGGAACAACGUCCCCGCUUCGCCGUACACCCGCACGGGCGUCUCGCUCGGUCCAGGGCACGCUCGGAAUGUCGGCGAGCAAGGUAUCGGCGACCAAAUCCUCGCCUCGACGAACGGCAAAGCCCUUGCCAACCGUUGCGAUCCAACAUCAAUCGCCUGCCGUCGUUCCUGCCCAGCAGGACUCGCUCACGAACGAUGCAGACGACGAAGAGUCGUUCUUCGACGACCUCGACGAUACCUUCGAGCUUGCCCUCUCGCAACUCGACGAGACGGCCGUUGCGCCUACUCCGCCCUCUUCUCUCGGCGCAUCAUCCCGCAAGCCGGCCCUUCCUAUACUCGCUCCGACGCUCGCUUCUAAGCCAGAUUCUUCUCGCCUCGCCCCUCCACCAGCACGUCCCAUCGCCCGCCCCGCUCCGCCCCCUCGCAACGCCUCCGAUUCCUCCUCCACUUCCUCCUCCAAGAUCGUCCUCCGCACCUCGCGCACCUUCACACGCACGAUGUCAGCCGAAGCGCAGCGCGAAAUGGAGGAAUUGGCGAAGCGCGAGUUGGAGGCAAUUGCGGAUGCGUUCGGCGCGGAUGGGAGUGGGUGGAGUGACGAGGACUUCUGA